AUGGCAAACCGACAGCCACCAAAAUGUUCGGGUUGCAGCAUCUCGUUCCCGGCAGAGCACAUCAUGCUCGUCACAAUCACGAGGGCGAAACAAAUGAACUCCGUUACGCAUAUAAUGAACUGGGAACUGGAAGCACUGUUUACCUGGUACGAUGCUGAGCCCUCCUUACGCUGCGCUGUUAUCACCGGAGAAGGCUCUAAAGCGUUUUGUGCCGGUUCCGAUUUAAUCGAAAUUGAGCACACUCAGAAAGCAAUGCUCAGUGGGCAAGACGUUAAGCAAGCCGAGCCGUGGCUACACCAGCAUCCUCUCGGUGGCUUUGCAGGCGUUUCCCGAAGAAAAGGCAAGAAACCGUUGCUGGCUGCUGUGAACGGUGUCGCUCUCGGAGGAGGGUUCGAGAUUGUUUUGAAUGCCGACAUCGCAAUUGCAUCUCCAAAGGCACGAUUCGGCCUUCCAGAGGCCCACGUUGGAGUCUACGCAUAUGGAGGCGGUCUGCCUCGUCUCGUUCGCACUGUAGGCAUGCAAACGGCUUCCGAUAUCGCACUGGCCGGAAAACAGCUAUCCGCUGAAGAGGCACUAUCACUACAUCUAGUCCAAGGAAUCUCCAAAACUCCCGAGUCCGUGCUAGAAGAAACUCUCGAGAAGGCAAAGCAAAUCGCUGCAAUUUCUCCGGACGGGAUUAUUGUUACGCGAGCCGCUUUGAGGGAGGCGUGGGAAACUGCGUCUGUCGAGCGAGCA